AUGAGCUGCACACUCCUCGACAUUAUCCACGGUCCCCAAGCCAAUGCUCACUCUAGAUUGACCAUGAAAGUCUCGGCGCCGUUACUCACUGCCGCCCUGGCCAGCGUGGCGACGGCCGACAACCCUAUUAUUCAGACCAUAUACUCCACCGACCCGGCGCCGCUCGUGCACAAUGGACGUGUUUACCUCUACACUGGCCAUGAUGAGCCCGGGUCGACCACCUUUGUCAUGAAGGAUUGGCGCGUCUUCUCUUCGGUCGAUAUGGUCAACUGGCAGGACCACGGCUCGCCUAUGAGCCUGGCGACCUUUAGCUGGGCCGAUGCUAACGCGUGGGCGGGACAGACGAUCCAGCGCAAUGGCAAGUUUUACUGGUACGCUUCGAUGCGCCGCCGAAAUGGUGCCAUGGCCGUUGGCGUGGGCGUCAGCGACAGCCCUACAGGGCCCUUCCGUGACGCGCUGGGCAGGCCGCUGGUCGAGAACUGGGGGAUCGACCCGACCGUGUGGAUUGAUGAUGACGGACAGGCCUACAUGUACUGGGGAAAUCCGGGGCUGUGGUACGUCAAACUGAACCCGGAUAUGGUGUCAUACAGCGGCGGCAUCAAUACGGUGACGUUGACGACGACUGGCUUCGGCACCCGCUCCGGAAACGCCGAGCGGCCGACCACGUAUGAGGAAGGCUCCUGGAUCUACAAGCGGACGGGCAAAUACUACAUGGUGUUCGCCGCCAGCUGCUGCUCCGAGCACAUUGGCUACUCGACCGGGCCCGGCCCAACCGGCCCCUGGACAUACGGCGGUGUCGUGAUGCCCACCCAGGGCAGCAGCUUUACCAACCACCCGGGCGUGAUUGACUACCAGGGCUCGUCCUACUUCUUUUACCACAACGGCGCGCUGCCCGGCGGCGGCGGCUACACCCGCUCCGUCUGUGUCGAGCGCUUCACGUACGGCGCCAACGGCUCCAUCCCCGUCAUCAACAUGUCCAAGGACGGCGCCCCCCAGGUCGGCAACCUUAACCCCUACGUGCGCCAGGAGGCCGAGACCAUUGCAUGGGAAUCGGGCGUGCAGACAGAGCCGUGCAGCGAGGGCGGCAUGAAUGUGUUGUCCAUCAAUAACGGAGAUUACAUCAAGGUCAAGGGCGUCGCGUUUGGUAGCGGCGCCAAGUCCUUCACUGCGCGCGUCUCGUCCGCCACUUCAGGCGGCAAGAUCGAGGUGCGCCUAGACAGCACCGGCGGCACGCUUGUCGGGACCUGCAAUGUGCCUGGCACUGGCGGUUGGCAGACAUGGACGAGCGUUAAUUGCGCUGUUGGCGGCGCCACAGGCACCAGGGAUCUCUUCUUUCGCUUUACUGGGGCCGGGGGCGAGCUGUUCCGGUUUAACUGGUGGCAGUUUAGCCAAUAA